GCGGGCCGGGGGCGCGGGCUGGGGGCGGCGGCGCUCCAGCCGGGGCCGAGCGCCUGCCGGGUACGCGGUGACCGCGCCACCCGGGCGAUGCCCGCGGGGACGCCGCCGGCCGCCGGAGUGAGGUGCUGCCCGCCGCCACCAUGACCGAGGGCGCGCUAGCGGCCGAAGAGGUCCGAGUGCCCCUGGGCGCGCCAGCCCCAGGCCCUGCGGCGGCGGCAUCCCCCGCGAGCCCUGGGGCGCCGGGAUCAGAGACGGAGCGGGGGUCGGGGCCCAGUGCGUCGUCCCCCGAGAGCCCAGCGACCGAACGUGGUGCGGAGCUGGGCACCGACGAGGAGCAGCCCGUCCCGUACCCGGCACUGGCGGCCACGGUCUUUUUCUGCCUCGGGCAGACCACGCGGCCGCGCAGCUGGUGUCUCCGGCUGGUCUGUAACCCGUGGUUCGAGCAUGUCAGCAUGCUGGUCAUCAUGCUUAACUGUGUGACCCUGGGCCUGUUCCGGCCCUGCGAGGACGUCGAGUGCCGCUCGGAGCGCUGCAGUAUCCUGGAGGCCUUUGACGACUUCAUCUUCGCCUUCUUCGCGGCCGAGAUGCUCAUCAAGAUGGUCGCCCUGGGGCUGUUCGGGCAGAAGUGCUACCUGGGCGACACGUGGAACCGGCUGGACUUCUUCAUCGUCAUGGCGGGCAUGAUGGAGUACUCUCUGGAUGGACACAACGUGAGCCUCUCGGCCAUCCGGACGGUGCGCGUGCUGCGGCCUCUCCGCGCCAUCAACCGUGUGCCCAGCAUGCGGAUCCUGGUCACGCUGCUGCUGGACACACUGCCCAUGCUCGGGAACGUCCUCCUGCUCUGCUUCUUUGUCUUCUUCAUCUUUGGCAUCGUGGGUGUCCAGCUUUGGGCUGGCCUGCUGCGAAACCGCUGCUUCCUGGACAGUACCUUCGCCAGGAACAGCAACCUCAGCUUCCUGCGGCCGUACUACCAGCCCGAGGAGGGGGAGGAGAACCCCUUCAUCUGCUCUUCCCGCCGGGACAACGGCAUGCGGAAGUGCUCACACAUCCCCAGCCGCCGCGAGCUGCGCGUGGAGUGCACGCUGGGCUGGGAGGCCUACGGGCAGCCACAGGCUGAGGGCGAGGAUGGCGCCGGCCGCCACGCCUGCAUCAACUGGAACCAGUACUACAACGUGUGCCGCUCGGGCGACUCCAACCCUCACAACGGGGCCGUCAGCUUCGACAACAUCGGCUAUGCCUGGAUUGCCAUCUUCCAGGUGAUCACGCUGGAGGGCUGGGUGGACAUCAUGUACUACGUCAUGGACGCGCACUCCUUCUACAACUUCAUCUACUUCAUCCUGCUCAUCAUCGUGGGUUCCUUUUUCAUGAUCAACCUGUGCCUGGUGGUGAUCGCCACGCAGUUCUCGGAGACGAAGCAGCGGGAGAACCAGCUGAUGCGGGAGCAGCGGUCCCGCUACCUGUCCAACGACAGCACCCUGGCCAGCUUCUCGGAGCCGGGCAGCUGCUAUGAGGAGCUCUUGCGUUACGUGGGCCAUGUGUGCCGCAAGCUGAAGCGCCGCAGUCUGCGCCUCUACGCCCGCUGGCAGAGCCGCUGGCACAAGAAGGUGGACCCUAGUGCCUCCCUGCAUGGCCAGGGCCCCGGGCGGCGGGUGCGGCGGGCGGGCGGGCGCGCCGCCUCCAUCCACCACCUGGUGUACCACCAUCACCACCACCACCACCACCACUACCACUUCAGCCACAGCAGCCCGCGCCGGCCAGGCCCCGAGCCAGGCGCCAGGGACACCAGGCUGCUGCGGGCCGGAGUGCCGCCCUCGCCCGGGCACGCGCCCCCCGACACCGAGUCGGUACACAGCGUGUACCACGCAGACUGCCACGUGGAGGGGCCUCAGGAGAGGGCCCGGGCAGUGCAUGCCGCGGCCACUGCUGCUGCCAGCCUCAAGCUGGCCACCAGCCUGGGUGCCAUGAACUACCCCACCAUCCUGCCCUCGGCCGCGGGGGACAGCAGAGGUGGCCCCGGGCUCAAGGGGAAGCGGGCUGGCGGGCCGGCGGGAGCCGGGGGACACAGCCCCCUGAGCAGCCCAGACCCUUGUGAGAAGAUCCAGCACCUGGUUGGAGAGCAUGGACUGGGCCAGGCCCCCAGCCGCCUGUCGGGCCUGAGCGUGCCCUGCCCUCUGCCCAGCCCCCAGGCGGGCACGCUGACCUGUGAGCUGAGCAGCUGCCCGUACUGCACCAGCGCCCUGGAGGACCCUGAGCUGGAGUUCAGCGGCUCAGACAGCGGAGACUCAGACAGCAACGGGGUCUAUGAGUUCACGCAGGACGUGCGCCACGGGGACCGCCGCGACCCCAUGCGGUCGCCCCCAGUGGCGGAUGCACCGGGUCCGGGCAGCGCGCGGCGGCGGGCACAGCGGCGGGCGGCUGGCGAGCGGGCCGGGCCGGGCCGAGUGUGGGCCUCCUUGAGCAGCAAGCUGCGCCACAUCGUGGACAGCAAGUACUUCAACCGCGGCAUCAUGGUGGCCAUUCUCACCAACACGCUGAGUAUGGGCGUCGAGUACCACGAGCAGCCCGACGAGCUGACCAACGCCCUGGAGAUCAGCAACAUUGUGUUCACGAGCAUGUUUGCCCUGGAGAUGCUGCUGAAGCUGCUGGCCUGCGGCCCGCUGGGCUACAUCCGGAACCCCUAUAACAUCUUCGAUGGCAUCAUCGUGGUCAUCAGCGUGUGGGAGAUCAUCGGGCAGGCGGACGGCGGGCUGUCGGUGCUGCGGACCUUCCGGCUACUGCGGGUGCUGAAGCUGGUGCGCUUCAUGCCGGCGCUGCGGCGCCAGCUGGUUGUGCUCAUGAAAACCAUGGACAACGUGGCCACCUUCUGCAUGCUGCUCAUGCUCUUCAUCUUCAUCUUCAGCAUCCUCGGCAUGCACCUCUUUGGCUGCAAGUUCAGCCUGAAGACGGACACCGGAGACACGGUCCCCGACAGAAAGAACUUCGACUCGCUGCUGUGGGCCAUCGUCACCGUGUUCCAGAUCCUGACCCAGGAGGACUGGAACGUGGUCCUGUACAACGGCAUGGCCUCCACCUCGUCCUGGGCCGCCCUCUACUUCGUGGCUCUCAUGACCUUUGGCAACUACGUGCUCUUCAACCUGCUGGUGGCCAUCCUGGUGGAGGGCUUCCAGGCCGAGGGCGACGCCACCAGGUCCGACACAGACGAGGACAAGAUGUCCACCCACUUGGAGGAGGAUUUGGACACGUUCAGAGACCUCAGGGCCACAGAGCUGAAGAUGUUCUCGCUGGCGGUGACCCCCAACGGGCACCUGCAGGGCCGGGGCAGCCUGCCUCCGCCCCUCAUCAUGCGCACGGCGGCCACACCCAUGCCCACCCCCAAGAGCUUCCCACACCUGGACGCCACCCCUGGCCUCCUGGACUCCCGGCGCGGCAGCAGCAGCUCCGUGGACCCCCAGCUGGGGGACCAGAAGUCUCUGUCCAGCCUCCGCAGCUCUCCCUGCGCCCACUGGGGCCCCAACAGCGCCUGGAGCAGCCGGCGCUCCAGCUGGAACAGCCUGGGUCGCGCACCCAGCCUCAAGCGCCGGAGCCAGUGCGGCGAGCGGGAGUCGCUGCUGUCCUGCGAGGGCAAGGGCGGCGGCAGCACCGAUGAGGAGGCCGAGGACGGCAGACCCCGGCCUGGGGCCUCCCCGACCACGCGUGCCACGCCGCUGCGGCGCACUGAGUCCCUGGACCACCGCAGCACGCUGGACCUGCGGCCCCCACGGCCGGCCACCCUGCUGCCUACCAAGCUCCACGACUGCAAUGGGCAGGUGCUGGCCCUGCCCAGCGAGUUCUUCCUGCGCGUUGACAGCCACAAGGAGGACCCAGCGGAGUUUGACGAUGACGUGGAGGAUAGCUGCUGCUCCCGGCUGCAGAAAGUGCUGGAACCCUACAAGCCUGAGUGCUGCCGGAGCCGAGAGCCCUGGGCCCUGUACCUCUUCUCCCCACAGAACAGGUUCCGCGGCUCCUGCCAGAAGAUCAUUGCUCACAAGAUGUUCGACCACGUCGUCCUGGUCUUCAUCUUCCUCAACUGCAUCACCAUAGCCCUGGAGAGGCCGGACAUCGACCCCAGCAGCACCGAGCGCCUGUUCCUCAGCGUCUCCAACUACAUCUUCACGGCGAUCUUCGUGGCCGAAAUGACGGUGAAGGUGGUGGCCCUGGGUCUGGUCUCGGGCGAGCACGCCUACCUGCAGAGCAGCUGGAACGUGCUGGACGGGCUGCUCGUCCUGGUGUCCCUGAUCGACAUUGUCGUCGCCUUGGCCUCGGCCGGCGGCGCCAAGAUCCUGGGUAUCCUGCGGGUGCUGCGCCUGCUGCGGACUCUUCGGCCCCUGAGAGUCAUCAGCCGCGCCCCGGGCCUCAAGCUGGUGGUGGAGACUCUGAUCUCGUCACUUAGGCCCAUCGGAAACAUUGUCCUCAUCUGCUGUGCCUUCUUCAUUAUCUUCGGCAUCCUGGGGGUGCAGCUCUUCAAGGGGAAGUUUUACUACUGCGAGGGCGCAGACACCAGGAACAUCUCCACGAAGGCCGAGUGCCGGGCCGCGCACUACCGCUGGGUGCGACGCAAGUACAACUUCGACAACCUGGGCCAGGCGCUGAUGUCCCUGUUCGUGCUCUCAUCCAAGGACGGCUGGGUGAACAUCAUGUACGACGGGCUGGAUGCCGUGGGCAUAGACCAGCAGCCGGUGCCCAACCACAACCCCUGGAUGCUGCUCUACUUCAUCUCCUUCCUGCUCAUCGUCAGCUUCUUCGUGCUCAACAUGUUCGUGGGCGUCGUGGUCGAGAACUUCCACAAGUGCCGGCAGCACCAGGAGGCGGAGGAGGCGCGGCGGCGGGAGGAGAAGCGGCAGCGGCGCCUGGAGAGGAAACGCAGGAGUAAGGCGCCCCUGGUGCCGGUGACGGUGGCGGUGGCGGGCACUUUCCCCAACCCAGAAGCCCAGCGCCGGCCCUACUAUGCUGACUACUCACCCACACGCCGCUCCAUCCACUCCCUGUGCACCAGCCACUACCUGGACCUCUUCAUCACCUUCAUUAUCGGGGUCAAUGUCAUUACCAUGUCCAUGGAGCACUACAACCAGCCCAAGUCUCUGGACGAGGCCCUCAAGUACUGCAACUACGUGUUCACCAUCGUCUUCAUCGUGGAGGCCGCGCUGAAGCUGGUGGCCUUUGGGUUCCGCAGAUUCUUCAAGGACAGGUGGAACCAGCUGGACCUGGCCAUCGUCCUGCUGUCCAUCAUGGGCAUCACACUGGAGGAGAUCGAGAUGAACGCGGCCCUGCCCAUCAACCCCACCAUCAUCCGCAUCAUGCGUGUGCUGCGCAUUGCCCGCGUGCUGAAGCUGCUCAAGAUGGCCACGGGCAUGCGGGCCCUGCUGGACACGGUGGUUCAGGCGCUGCCCCAGGUAGGGAACCUGGGUCUGCUUUUCAUGCUCCUGUUUUUUAUCUAUGCUGCCCUGGGCGUGGAGCUGUUUGGGAGGCUUGAGUGCAGUGAGGACAACCCCUGUGAGGGCCUGAGCAGGCACGCCACCUUCUCCAACUUCGGCAUGGCCUUCCUCACGCUGUUCCGCGUGUCCACCGGGGACAACUGGAACGGGAUCAUGAAGGACACGCUGCGGGAGUGCGCCCGUGAGGACAAGCACUGCCUCAGCUACCUGCCGGCCAUCUCGCCCAUCUACUUCGUCACGUUUGUGCUGGUGGCCCAGUUCGUGCUGGUCAACGUGGUAGUGGCCGUGCUCAUGAAGCACCUUGAGGAGAGCAACAAGGAAGCCCGUGAGGAUGCCGAGCUGGACGCCGAGCUCGAGCUGGAGCUGGCGCAGAGGCCGCCCGCCCGCCCCAGUCCCGCGGCCCCGCAGAGCCCGGGCGCGGGGCCGGACCCCUCCAACCUGCUGGUCGUGCGCAAGGUGUCCGUGUCCAGAAUGCUGUCGCUGCCCAACGACAGCUACAUGUUCCGGCCGGUGGCGCCCGCUGCGGCCGCUCACCCCCACCCGCCGCAGGACGUGGAAAUGGAGAGCUACGCGGGCGCCUCAGGCCUGGUCACCUCCAUCCACUCGCCACCCGCGGAAUCCUGCACCUCCCUCCAGGUCCCGUCGGCUGCAUCCUCCCCUGCAAGGGGUGCAGGUCACUCCCCAAGUCUCAGCCGGCUGCUCUGCAGACAGGAGGCCCUGGCCACCCAGUCCCUGGAGGGGCAGGUUGGCAGCCCCGGGGACAGCAGUCCCAGUUGGGGAGAGCCUGGCAGGAAGACCCCCGGGAGGCAGGCGACCCUGGGGGCCUCCGUGUGCUCCCCACCCCGUUCCCCACGGCCCGCCAGUGUCCGCAUCCGCAAGCACACUUUUGGGCAGCACUGCAUCUCCAGCCGGCCACCAGCCCCAGGCAGGGAGGAGGCUGAGGCCCCGGACCCGGCCGACGAGGAGGUCAGCCACAUCACCAGCUCCGCCCGCGGCCCCGUGGCCUCGCCUGCGGCCUGCGAGCCAGACUUGCACCGGCUCUACAGUGUCGAUGCCCAGGGCUUCCUGGACCAGCCGGGCCAGGCGGACGAGCAGAGGCGGCCCUCGGUGGAGCAGGGCUGCGGGGAUGGCCUCCCAGAGGCGGGGGUGGUGAAGGCUCGGGCCCCGGAGGCUGAGCUGGCCCUGGGCGCACGCAGGAAGAAGAAGAUGAGCCCGCCCUGCAUCUCUGUUGAGCCCCCCGCAGAGGACGAGGGCACAGCCCGGCCCCCUGUGGCUGAGGGCAGCAGCACCACCCUCCGGCGAAGAACCCCGUCCUGCGAGGCCGCGCCGCACAGGGACCCCCUGGAGCCCCUGGACAGUGCAGGGCUGGACGCUGCCGCCAAGGGGGAGCGGCGGGGCCAGGCCCCCUGCCGCACAGACCACCUGACCGUCCCGAGCUUUGCCUUUGAGCCACUGGACAUGGGGGCUCCUGGUGGGGACCCGUUGUCAGAUGGCAGCCAUGGGGUCACCCCAGAACCCAGACCCUGUCCUGGUGCCAUGGUGCCUCCCGAACCCCAGCAGAUGGAGCCCUCAGUGCUCUCGGGAGACCCCCCAGAGGAGGGGGAGAGGCUGCACCUCACAGUCCCGCAGAGCCCCCUGAAGAAAGGGCCCCCCCCAGCCCCCGCUCCAGGCGACGGUGUAGACAAGCCCGUGUAGCUCGGAGUGCAGCGCCCACAGGCCUUGGCACUGGGGUGAGGUGCGCCCAGCGGGGUGGCAGCACCAAGUGGGGCUGUGCGUGGGCCCCAGCUCAGGCCCCCCCGCAGGCAGAGGAGCCGGGAGGACGUCGGCCCAGGGAGACGGGGGCAGAUGCUACCCUGGGCGAAGCCUCCAUCCCGCGGUUCAGGUUUGGGAUUUUCCGAGGUGACCGCCGCGGUCCGAGGCCGUGCCAGGGGCCCGGUCAGCAGUCCGGUAACAAAGCUGCAUCCGAGGGACAAGGACCAGAAAAUGAGCAGAGGAGGCAGGAGGUCACCCGGUAGAGCCCUACCCUCACAUCCACUAAGUUUUUUAGGGAACACGCUUGGGGCCACGUGUGCCCUCUGGGUGGCGGCUCCGUCCCCAAGGCCACAGAGGCCACGCUUCACGUCGCUCACAGUCUGAAUUCUCCUCGUCUGUCUCCACCUCCUCUUGUUGCCUCAUCUCCCCCCACCCCCCACCGCUCUGCCCCCGUCGGCGUCCCAGACAACGACCCUGACUCUGGUCCCUGGGCCAUGGCCAGGCACCAGGGACCAGGCAAUAAGACCCCCCCGUGGCCUUUGGGCCUGGGCCGAGAGUUUCAGCGGAUGCCCCUGUUUCAUGUCAUUUCUUUUAUAAAUUCAGGUGAAAUGUUGCAAUAAUCUGAUGUAGAAAAUGUGGCUUCUCAAGUCAAGGGGAGGAGAGGGGGCAAAACAGAGCCGAAUAAAUAUUAACUUAUUUAAGAAA